AUGGUGGAGCAGGUUAACAAGUAUUCAUCACAUUUAUGGAAUGAUAUAAACUUCCUUUACGAUGUUCAGAAUAAGUAUUGCUGUAUUAUUCCACAGCACAAAAAGAGGCACCAGCACACGCGCUCUGCUGGCGAGCCGCGCUCUUAUUGGCUGGCGGGCGAGGCACGUGACGGGCCAGCAACUGCACGUGGUGGUGCCGUUAUUAGAAGCCUCGGUGAGAGGCGCCAUUUCAUUUCAAUGCAGAGCUUCGGUGGCCGCGGAAAGGAGGUAAGAGCAGGGGUGGGCGCCUUUCUCAUGGAAGUGGGAGGCUCUCCCCCGAGAGGACACCCCUCCCACCCACCCCCCGCCGACGCAGUGGGGGUUGCAAUGAGGACAGUGAGUGCUGGGACAGCACUCAAUAGUGUCCCCUGCAUGGGUGCUGUGGGACACGCUGGAGGCAGGCAGGGUGUUGCUGCUAAUGUGUUUCGUCUCCUGCAAGCAGAUCUGAAAGGGCACAGCAUGAACCACGAGGACUGGAAUGCAGAGAUGGGGGACGAGGCAUCGCCAAUCCUCCCACUUCUUGAGCAGCCUAGAACUGGACGCAGCACUCCAGAUAUGGCAUCAUCAGCGGGGAAGGACGACCUGCCCCCAGCUGCUGGCAACAUUCUUCCUAAUGUACCCCGGAAGGCUGUUGGCCUUUACUGCAAGGGCACACUGCUGGCUUAUGUUCAGUUUGCUAUCCACCACAGCCCUCAGGUUUUUCUCUGCAAAGAUGCUUUCCAGAUGGUUGGCCCCAGUGCUGUUGAAAGAUCUAACAGAAUUCAGCAUAUGCAGGAUCAUUUUGGAGGGUAUUCUAGGAGUAGAGGUUUUCAAGAAAGGAAUGUUGUAGAAGAUUCUAAUACACAAAAUAGAGGUUUUAGAGGAUUUCCUGGUGGAUUUGGACAAAAUACUAAAGAUGAGCAAAGAGGCAGACCUCAGUCUGGCAUUUUUCUUGGCUCUAGAGGAAGAGGAGCAUUUGGAGGUCAUGCAGCAGCUUACAAAGAAUGCAAUGAAGAAAUACGUUCUGAAAGAGGUCCAAAGGUGACUUAUGUGCCUCCUCCUCCACCUGAUGAUGAACAAGCCAUCUUUGCACGUUAUCAGACAGGAAUUAAUUUUGACAAGUAUGAUGAAAACAUUGUCGAAGUGUCAGGACUUGACCCUCCAGCACCAUUACUGGCUUUUGAAGAAGCUAACCUCUGUCAGACUUUAAACAUGAACAUUGCUAAAGCUGGAUACUCUAAACUUACUCCAGUGCAGAAGUACAGCAUUCCUAUUAUACUGGCAGGACGGGAUUUAAUGGCAUGUGCACAGACAGGAUCAGGAAAAACUGCAGCUUUUCUUCUACCAAUUGUGGCCCACAUGAUGAGAGAUGGAGUAACUGCCAGUAUCUUUAAAGAGCAGCAAGAACCGGAAUGCAUUAUUGUCGCCCCAACUAGAGAACUGAUAAAUCAGAUCUUCCUAGAAGCAAGGAAAUUUGUGUACGGAACUUGUAUAAGGCCUGUUGUGAUCUAUGGAGCUACACAAACAGGCCAUUCAAUUCGUCAGGUAAUGCAAGGCUGUAAUAUUCUAUGUGCCACUCCAGGAAGGCUUCUAGACAUCAUUGGAAGAGAGAAGAUUGGUUUGCAUAAUGUGAAAUAUUUGGUGCUGGAUGAAGCAGACCGCAUGCUUGAUAUGGGUUUUGGGUUAGAUAUGAAGAAGCUGAUUUCUUACCCAAGCAUGCCACCAAAAGACAAACGUCAAACACUAAUGUUUAGUGCCACUUUUCCUGAAGAAGUUCAGAGGCUGGCUGCUGAAUUUUUGAAAACUGAUUAUUUAUUUGUUGUUGUUGGACAUGUGGGUGGAGCUUGCAGUGAUGUUCAGCAAAAUAUUCUUCAGGUUCCUCAGUAUUCCAAGAGGGAUAAACUGAUAGAAAUUCUACAGAGCAUAGGCCAUGAACGAACCUUGGUGUUUGUGGACAAAAAGAAAAAAGCAGACUACAUUGCAGCCUUUCUUUGUCAAGAAAAAAUACCAGCCACUAGCAUCCAUGGAGAUAGAGAACAGAGAGAGAGAGAAGUAGCUCUGCAGGAUUUUCGUUCUGGGAAAUGUCCAGUUCUCGUGGCAACUUCAGUGGCAGCAAGAGGUCUGGAUAUUGAAAACGUUCAACAUGUUAUUAAUUUUGAUCUUCCUUCCACCAUUGAAGACUAUGUACACCGAAUUGGACGAACUGGUCGUUGUGGAAAUGUAGGCAAAGCAGUUUGCUUCUUUGAUAACAGUACAGAUGGCCAUCUUGCACGAUCUCUAGUUAAAGUGCUUUCAGAUGCCCAGCAGGAAGUUCCUGUUUGGUUGGAAGAACUUGCUUUUGGUUUUCAAGGAGAAAGAAUCUUUACAUCAGUUAAUACCCAAAAGAAUUAUGGAGCCAGAGCCAACAUGAACCCAGGAGGAAUGAAGAUGUCAUAUUCUGCAAGUGCAUUUGAGUCAUGGGAUUAA